GCGGCAGGUGAUUGGUCUCAGCGCCGGACAGCUCACUUAAACAACCGUCAAUGGAUUAAACACUGUCCGCUUUUCCUAAUAGCACUGGGCCGAGAAUAACCCUCACCAUCCAUCCAUCCUCUGGGUUCAUGCAUUAACCAGCUUCACAUCAUUGCUGUAAUUAUCUAUUAUUUUCCUGCCCUCGUUACAAUAAAUCAGAGAGAUCGAGAUGCUGAGCAGACUUUUCCGACUCCAUGGCCUGUUUGUGGCCUCACAUCCUUGGGAGGUGAUUGUAGCCACUGUGACUCUCACCGUCUGCAUGAUGUCCAUGAACAUGUUUACUGGCAAUAACCGCAUUUGUGGUUGGAACUUUGACUGUCCCAAGUACGAGGAGCAAAUCCUCAGCAGUGACAUCAUCAUUUUGACAAUCACACGUUGCAUUGCUAUCAUCUACAUUUACUUCCAAUUUCAAAAUCUUCGACAGCUUGGGUCAAAGUAUAUACUCGGAAUUGCUGGACUUUUCACAAUCUUCUCCAGUUUUGUGUUCAGCACUGUUGUGAUUCAUUUUUUGGAUAAGGAGCUGACUGGUUUAAAUGAGGCAUUGCCAUUCUUCCUGCUCCUGAUUGACCUCUCUAAGGCAUGUGCUCUGGCAAAAUUUGCACUGAGUUCAAACUCACAGGAUGAAGUUAGAGAAAACAUAGCCAGAGGAAUGGCAGUACUGGGUCCAACGUUCACUUUGGAUGCUCUGGUUGAGUGUCUAGUAAUUGGUGUAGGGACCAUGUCAGGUGUUCGCCAGCUUGAGAUCAUGUGCGGCUUCGGAUGCAUGUCUGUCCUCGCCAACUACUUUGCUUUCAUGACUUUCUUCCCAGCCUGUGUCUCAUUAGUGCUUGAGUUAUCAAGGGAUAGCAGAGAGGGACAUCCUAUCUGGCAGCUGAGCCACUUUGCCCGUGUCCUUGAGGAAGAGGAGGACAACAAACCCAAUCCGGUCACACAAAGGGUCAAGAUGAUCAUGUCUCUUGGCCUGGUGAUGGUUCACGCUCACAGUCGAUGGAUUGCAGAUCCUGCAUCUCCAAACAAAACUCUGGAUGUUCCUCAAGUGGGAAUGAGUUUAAAUUCACCCAAGAGGAUUGAGCCAGAUAUGUCUUUGUGGCAAUUCUACUUGUCCAGAAUGAUCAGCAUGGACGUUGAACAGGUCAUCACUUUAGGUCUUGCACUCUUCUUGGCUGUGAAGUACAUUUUCUUUGAGCAGGUGGAAACCGAGUCUACGCUGUCUCUUAAAAUCUCUACUCCUCCUACCAUGCUCGCACAGAAAUGGUGUCCUGACCAGUGCUGCAGGAAGGAAGUGAAAUCCUGCUCUAACAGGACUGAGAAGCCCACUGCUCAUCCUCCUGCCAUCACUAAAGAGGAAAGAGAUUUAGUGAUAAAGCCAUUUCCUAUCACGAAUGAGCCAAGUCCAAAAAGUAUGUUUGUGCUGGGAGAGGGAGAAACCUUGGAAAGUAGUGUUGUGGUGGAGUCUCAGCCCAACAUCCCUUCAGAGCCCAGGCCAAUGGAAAAAUGCUUGAACAUUCUGAGAGACCCACAGAUGGGCUCUCGAAACCUGAGUGAUGAUGAAAUUAUGAUGUUAGUAAAUGCAAAGCACAUUCCUGCCUAUAAGCUGGAGGCGAUGAUGGAAAGCCCAGUGAGAGGGGUGAUGAUCCGCAGGAAGAUGCUCCACCCCAAACUCCCCAGGACUUCUGCACUUACCUGCCUUCCAUACAAAGACUACAAUUACUCUCAGGUGAUAGGAACUUGCUGUGAGAACAUCAUUGGUUAUAUGCCUAUUCCAGUGGGUGUUGCAGGACCGCUGCUGUUGGAUGGAAAGCAGUUCCAGGUCCCUCUGGCUACAACCGAGGGCUGUCUUGUGGCCAGCACGAAUCGAGGAUGCAGAGCGAUAGCACUGGCUGGCGGAGCCAGCAGCAGGCUUUUGGCUGAUGGCAUGACCCGUGGACCUGUGGUUCGCAUGCCUUCUGCCUGCAAGGCUGCUGAGGUCAAAGCAUGGCUAGAGAGCCCAGAGGGUUACAAAUGCAUUAAACAGGCAUUUGACAACACUAGCAGGUUUGCACGUUUAGAGAAACUCCUGAUUGGCCUUGCUGCACGUAAUCUAUAUAUCCGUUUCCAGUCCCAAACUGGAGAUGCCAUGGGGAUGAACAUGAUCUCAAAGGGAACAGAGCAGGCUCUGGCUAGGCUUAAAGAAGAAUUCCCUGAGCUGCAGAUCCUGGCAGUUAGUGGGAACUACUGCACUGAUAAAAAACCAGCUGCUAUUAACUGGAUUGAAGGCAGGGGCAAGUCUGUCGUGUGUGAAGCUUUCAUACCUGCUCAAGUUGUCAGAGAGGUUUUAAAGACCAGUACGGAAGCUCUGGUAGAUUUAAAUAUCAAUAAGAAUCUUGUGGGUUCUGCCAUGGCAGGAAGUAUUGGGGGCUACAAUGCUCAUGCUGCCAACAUCGUUGCUGCAAUUUACAUCGCAUGUGGACAGGACCCAGCUCAGACUGUGGGCAGCUCUAACUGUAUCACUUUAAUGGAAGCAUCAGGACCCACAGGAGAGGAUCUUUACAUCAGCUGCACCAUGCCUUCCAUUGAGCUGGGCACUGUAGGAGGAGGCACCAAUCUGGCACCUCAGCAAGCCUGUCUGCAGAUGUUGGGCGUGCAAGGUGCCAGUGACAUGUGCCCAGGUGAGAAUGCCCGGCAACUUGCCAGGGUGGUGUGUGCGACUGUACUAGCAGGGGAAAUAUCACUCAUGGCUGCUCUUGCUGCUGGACAGCUAGUUAAAAGUCACAUGACACAUAAUAGGUCAAAAGUAAAUUUACAGGGAACUCCAGGAAGCUGCACAAAGCAAGCAUCUUGAGACUUUAAUAUCUUGAGGAUCAUCUGAUCAUCUGAGGAUCAACUUUUUCUAUUGAGUAAAAGUCAAUUGGGUGGCUGAAACAAAAAAUAAUUCCAGCACGCAGUCCAGGGGAGAAAUGCUUUUAUUCUCAAAGAAUGCUGAAAUCACAACAUUAAUGAUCACUCUAAUAUCACUGUAAUAUUUGGACAUUUCACUUUUCCACAUCACAGAUGCUGUUUUCGAUGCCUUCUGUGUUUGUUGGAUGCAUUCACAACAUAAUUUAUUUUUGAUAUUUCACUAUUUAUACAAAAAUAUUGGCCAUAUUUUUGUUACAAAAAAUGUCUUCUGGCCAACAUGAAGAGCCAUCAUUCAUCCCUACAAGUAUUUCUUUUGUUGGAACAGACAUAAAAGGCAAAAUUUAGCCUUCUGCAGUUACUCCCAGCUAUAUUUAUCUGAAUGCAUGGUCUGAAUGCUGUUGCUUGUGUGUGGAAUUAAAUCAAGACCUAUGUACACGCAUUGUACAUGUACAAUAAUAAGACAUGCCUGUGCACAUGGAGCAUUUAUUGCAUACUAGCAUUGCUUGUGUGUUACUGUACAACUUAAUGUGAAAGAACCAUGGACUACCUGCCCAAAAUAUAAUUAAUUCUUUAUGUUUUUAUAAUUAAAAAUAUAUAAAACAAAUAUAUAAAAAUAGGAAAAUUCUAAUUCAUUCACUGCUUGUUAUUUAUUUCUGCUGUAUGGUGUGUAUGAACACUUCAUUAUUAUAAUAAGAUUAAAAUACAGUACGAAGAUGA